CACCCUACCAAAUUUAAAAUAUAUAUCUUUUUCUCAAACGUACUGAUUGAGAUCCGAAAUCAUACAAAUCAAAAUCCCAUCUCACUGUUUUUAUUGUUACUCUUAUAUUUUCAAAACCACCUUCCCUCUCUCUCUCUUCCAAAACCCUAAAACUCACUCUCACACACACACAGUGAGUGAUAGACUUGUGAAGCAGGCAAUAUCGCCGAUGACAGCUGUCCCAGCGCCGACGCCGGGGCGCGAGCUCUCGAAUCCGCCGUCCGACGGCAUUUCCAACCUCCGCUUCUCCAACCACAGCGAUCAUCUCCUCGUCUCCUCCUGGGAUAAGAGCGUUCGACUCUACGACGCGAGCGCCAACGCGCUCCGCGGCGAGUUCAUGCACGGCGGUCCCGUACUCGACUGUUGCUUCCACGACGAUUCUUCUGGUUUCAGUGCCGGCGCCGAUAACACUGUUAGGCGGCUUGUUUUCAGCUACAAUAAGGAAGAUAUUUUGGGAAGGCAUGAUGCACCUGUGCGUUGUAUUGAAUACUCUUAUGCAGCAGGGCAACUAAUCACGGGUAGUUGGGACAAAACUCUGAAGUGUUGGGAUCCUAGAGGAGCAAGCGGGCAGGAGCGCACUCUUGUUGGGACAUACCCACAGCCGGAGCGUGUUUACUCGCUUUCUCUUGUUGGACAUCGUUUAGUUGUAGCAACUGCUGGAAGACAUGUAAAUGUCUAUGAUUUGAGAAACAUGUCUCAACCUGAACAGCGAAGGGAAUCUUCAUUAAAAUACCAAACUAGAUGUGUGCGCUGUUAUCCCAAUGGAACAGGAUAUGCGCUUAGUUCUGUUGAAGGCCGAGUAGCAAUGGAAUUUUUUGAUCCUUCAGAGUCUAGUCAAGCCAAAAAGUAUGCAUUUAAAUGUCAUAGAAAAUCAGAGGCUGGAAGGGACAUUGUCUACCCAGUAAAUGCCAUAGCAUUCCACCCUGUAUAUGGUACAUUUGCAACUGGAGGUUGUGAUGGUUAUGUGAAUGUGUGGGAUGGGAAUAACAAGAAGAGGCUGUAUCAGUACUCAAAGUAUCCGACAAGUGUUGCAGCACUGUCAUUUAGCAGGGAUGGCCGCCUGUUGGCAGUGGCAUCGAGUUACACAUUUGAAGAGGGAGAUAAACCUCAUGAACCAGAUGCUAUCUACGUUCGCAGCGUAAAUGAAAUAGAGGUCAAGCCUAAGCCAAAAGUGUACCCUAAUACUCCCGCAUAACUUGCUGUGUAGAAUCUCCUUGUUACAUAGUAGUCUGGACAUAUUUUUAUUUUUAUUUUUUAGUAUUCUGUGAUGCUUCAGUUCUUCCUAAUGAAGCUUGUGAAAACUUGAUUCAGAAACUGAUGUCUUAAGGAGAUGAGCUAUCUUUUAACUUCAUAUUCUUACCAAGUUCUGAAAUCAAGAAAAUGCCGAGACUUGUCGGAUAUUUUGAAA